AUGAACUCUACCGAUACUAACAAGGUAGCAGCGACAUUAUCAGCAACCUUGAAACAUCAAGAUGCAUCUGCAUGCACAACAACUUCAACAAAGGUCAAUGAUCUUUUUCAAAGCGAAUCUGCACAAGACUUUGUUAAGCAGCACACUAAGGUAUCUGAAAUAUGUGGUGCUGAUAAGCAGCUACCCUUAAAUACUAACUGGCAAACACAAAUGGGAAAGAUAAACAUGUUUGGGCAGUCAAUCAAUGAUUCUGCUUCUCACAUUCUAGAAGAGGAUUGCAAUUUUAAAAAGAAUACAUCAGCAGCUGAAAAGAAAGUAUCCGAACAACAACAUCCAAACAAUUACAACAACAACAACAACCUCCUCACAACAUCAUAUUCUAGUAGUGUUGCUGUUCCAUCAUCAUUGUUAUCCACGACAAUUUACUCUUGUGGAAAAAUACCAUCCUCGGAUACCACAGACAUUUCAAAUACAAAAACAACAUCAUCCUCACCAUCAACCACAUCUGAUGAUACGAUGGUGCCACCACAACAACACAUGCAUGAGGAAGCUAGAGCAUUAGCUAAUUAUCGUAUGAAACUGUCCAAAAACUUUCAAGUAAAUAAUUCCAUCACCAAUGAUGAUGAAUUCUUUUCCAAUAUGAAUUCCAUCGAUACAAGUCAUUUAGAAGAAGAGGAAAUACCAACAAAAAGAGAAGGUACAAGUUUAUCAUCCUCCCAAUCCUCUUCCUCCUUCAUUCAAGCUUCCUUUUCUCCUUCACUUCUUUCCCGCAUGCAAUCAUCACCUUCGGGUAUUUUGAAAAGGAGGCAUAGUCAUCAUUUGACUGAAAAUCCUCUUCUACCCACUACGCAAAAUGAUAAUAAUAAUAUGAAAUACAAUAAUAAGAAGAUGUCGCUGGACAAUAUCAUUGAUGCGAAUUUAUGCAUGAGGAAAUCUAAAUCGAUGGCCAAUAAUUGUUCAUCAUUGGAUAAUGAUCAUGAUGAGAAUAAUUUAGCAUCAGGAUUGGAAAAUGUAUAUAGUAAUAGUAGUAGUAACAAUAAUAUUUAUAAUUAUCACCAACAGGAACAAGAACAACACAUGAAUAGAUCGUUUUCUAAUGUUUCGAGUGAUGGUGAGAGUGAUAUUUUACCAGCAAUUUUGUCGAGGAGAUUAUCACAGUGCCUUCCUUCCAUAUUUACGAAUUGGAAACAAGUUAUUGAUUUACAAACGAAAUUCAUGAUAAUGUUUGUCUUUUUGGACUAUUUAUCCCUUGUACUGACGACUUAUUUCAGACAAGGACUCUUUAAUUCACUAAUCAUGUUGAUGCUGUGCAUGUUGGGAUUUGUCAGUGUCAAGUGGUCUUUUUUGAGAGAUUUACCUUCCUACGUGAAUGAUUUGUAUAAGGAUAGUAAAACCUAUUCUAGAGUAUCAUCCUUAAACAAUAAUGAAAUGGAAAAAAAGGCAAAGAAAAAACCAACACAUGAUGAUGAAUUAGCUUCUUCAUGGAGUCACAAACUGACGUCCUAUGCUGUUCAUUACUCGACGAGUCAAUUGGUCUUUUUCAAUUUAUUAUUAUUUACUUUGAGGUUUUUAAUGUCCGACUCGAAAAUGUUGUUAACACCAAUGAGUUUAUUUUCUAUUGCAUCUAUUGCAGCAUGCAAAUAUAGAGAUUCAAUUCUGCACUCUAAGAAACAUAACAAUCCUUCAAGGCAUCUUGAAUUGAACGGUACAGAUGAUAUUGAAACUGUGAUAUGGGCACAAUUUCCAUUCUACUAUAUUGCUUUUCACUACUUUUGCUACAUGCUGUAUCAAUUGAUUUCUCUUUUGAAUGAUAAGAGUGAUAUGAGUAUAGAAACAGCAGUAAUGAUUGUAAUUGAAAAUUAUCCAUCCAUUUCAAUGGUAAUGAUAUUUGGAUUUUUUGCAGUAUUUGCCAGUAUUUACAUCUCUGUAGAAUAUAGGAAAUUAACUAAUAUUGCUACCAAACUUAAGGAGGCAGUUCAAAUCAAGAAUAAUUUCCUCUCUCAUGUAAGUCACGAGUUGAGAACGCCUCUUCUUUCAUCCCUAGGAUCUAUAGAAUUAAUGAAGGAAACACCUCUAACUAGUGAACAAUACGACCACUUGGAAAUCAUUCAUGCCUCAAAUAGUAUUCUUCUAACACUCAUUGAAGAUAUUCUUGUAUUUAUCGAUUUGGAUCACAAGAAACCAAAGGCCGCUCCAACUAUGCAUACCACCACUCAAAAUGAAACAGAGAACAUUUCAUAUAAUACAAUUGUCAAUACUGAUAAGGCUAUAUCUCCAAGAGUAAUUCAAAGUCGUGAUAAUAUUGUAUCAUUUAGCUUGUCAAGAUCUCUGAGAACUGUUCUUUGUCUAUUGGAAAAAUAUGCUAACAAAUUUAAGGUUACUAUUGAAUUUGAAAUUGAAGAGAUUUUAGAAACAUUAGUAGUCAAAACUAACGAAACCAGACUUCAACAGUGUAUCAUCAACCUUCUCACCAAUGCUAUCAAAGCAUCCAUUCCAGAUACAAGUGUUCAUUUAAAGUGUUCAGUCAACCAAACCCAAGAGAGUGACGAUACAAAGAUUUGGUUAGAUAUCUCGGUGACAGAUUAUGGUAUUGGAAUUCCUUAUGAAAAGCAACAGAGUAUUUUUGAACCGUUCCAACAAUUACACAACUUGAAUGAGAGUGUCAGUCCAGGAACAGGUUUAGGGUUGUGUACUACUAAGAGGUAUGUAGAAAAUAAUUUUAAAUUACUAAUUUUGGAAAAGAAUUAUUGA